AGCGUCAUCAUCAUGCGUCGGAAGCGCGUCCAGCGUCAACACACGUGAGUCCUCCAAACUGCACAAACUAACAGCACAUGGGCUGUGAUAUUUGUGUUUAUCGAGCAGAAGAUAUGAGCCGCCCGUUCGUAGCCGCUGCGCGUUGAGUAACGUUAUGCUCGCGCGUCUCUCCGCACUCAGAGCGCUGGGAGUGUGUAAAGAGCCUGUGCUGCAGGGAGCCGUCAGACUGAUGCAGACUCAGUCCUCCAGGAAGAGCAGAGCUGUCAGAGACACCCUGCGCCAUGUGAAGGUGAAGGAGAGCCGCAGGCCGGGCGAGCUGCACGGGCCCGCCACCGUCUAUGUGCAGGUGUUGGGCGCCGGGAGCAGAGACAACGGAGCCUCGCUGUAUGUCUUCUCUGAGUAUAACAGGUAUCUGUUUAACUGUGGUGAAGGAACACAGAGACUGAUGCAGGAACACAAAAUAAAAAUUGCACGCUUGGACAACAUCUUCCUCACCAGAAUGAGCUGGGAGACGGCCGGUGGUUUAUCAGGGAUGAUCCUGACCCUCAAAGACACUGGAGUCCCUCAGUGUGUCCUGUCAGGACCCCCUCAACUGGAUAAAUAUUUACAAGCCAUACGAGUGUUUUCAGGACAGCUGGAAGACAUUAAACUUGCGCAACUCGUCAAGCUGUGCACGCCGGCUGAUCCCGGACCCGUUUUCCUAGUCGUCGACUGUCCGUCAGAGGACUUCAUACAGCCGCUCUGCACCAAUCACGUCUUACAAAGGUAUCAGACGGGUGGAUCGGAGGAUUCUGCGGCUCUCGUGGUUCACAUGACGCCUGAGUCAGUGCUGGACACGGAUGAGUACAAGAGCUGGAUGGAGAGGUUUCCCAGCAGCACUGAGCAUCUGGUGAUGAACGAGCAGACGUUCACGCCGCACAACACCCGCAGUCACAAACUCCAGACGCAGCUCAACCUCAUCCAUCCUGAGAUCUUCCCUCCGCUCAAACUCUACAAGACCAAAGAGCCGCCGGCUUCUCUCCGUGUUCCUAACGUCAGAGCCGAGUGUCUGAUGAAGUUUCAGCUUCGCCCCAAACUGGAGUGGCAAAGAGAUGCCAUCCCGUCCUGCGACUCUGAGGAGUUCGUGAAGGAAGCAGCCGAAGUGCCAAAGUUUUUAGAGGAAGUUGAGGAAUGCAGGAAGUUCCAGGCGGCUGCGUCCGUCUCCUCGUCUGGUGAGAAGUAUCCUGAGAUUGUGUUUUUGGGCACCGGCUCUUCUCUACCGAUGAAGAUCAGAAACGUCAGUGGAACUUUAGUGAACAUCAGCUCCUCUCAGUCGCUGCUGUUGGAUUGUGGCGAGGGAACGUUCGGCCAGUUGUGUCGUCAUUACGGCGAUGACGUGGAUGAGAUCCUCUCCAGACUCUCCACCAUCUUUGUGUCGCACCUUCACGCAGAUCAUCACACGGGUUUGAUUCAUUUAUUAUUAGAACGAGAGCGAGCUCUGAACAGUCUAGGUAAAGCGUUCAGUCCCGUGUACCUGAUCGCACCUGUGCAGAUCAUGACGUGGUUAAACCAGUAUCACGAUCACUGCCAGCAGAUCCUCAGCCAGAUCAAUAUUAUCCCAUCAAAGUUGUUGUGUGAUGGCGCUGAGAUCCCCAAAGUCAAGACCAAAUCUUUAAUUCAGGCUGUUCUGAAGAAGAAUGACCUGGUCAAGUUUCAGACGUGUUAUGUUCGUCACUGUAAGAACGCGUUCGCCUGCAGUUUGACGCAUCAGUCUGGUUGGCAGCUCGUGUUCUCUGGAGACACCAUGCCCUGCGAUGCUGUCGUUAAUAUGGGCAAGAAUGCAACACUUUUGAUUCAUGAAGCCACACUGGAGGACGGGAUGGAAGAAGAAGCGUGCGAGAAGAGACACAGCACCACGUCUCAGGCUAUCGGCAUUGGGAUGAAGAUGAACGCUGAGUUCAUCGUGUUGAAUCACUUCAGUCAGAGGUACGCCAAGAUCCCUCUCUUCAGCGACGACUUCAACGGCAAAGUGGGGAUCUCCUUCGACCACAUGAGGAUCCGAUUUGGAGAUUUCCCGAUGCUUCCACGACUCAUUCGGCCUCUGAAGGCAUUGUUUGCAGAGGAGAUUGAAGAGAUGGAGGAGAGGAGAGAAAGGAGAGAGAUGAAGAAGACCGCUGAGCCUCCAUCUAACGGAGAGUCCGGAACGAGCCGACAACCUGAUGAGAUGAGCAAAGGUGCCAAGAGAGAGCAAGAUGACCUCAACCAAGAAGCAGCCAUCAAACGUCUUAAGACAAACUGAUGGGCAACCAAUCAGGGUGAAGGUUAGAUCAGCCCAACCAAUCAGAAGGCAGGCUGGGGAAAAAAUGAACCAAUGGGUUAUGAUCUUAAAAUGUACAUCACAAGGUCCAUGUUGGGUAGGAGUCUGCAGAGUCCAACUAGAAAAGGUGAGAUUAAAGCAGUUGGAGAUUAAUCUUGAGUUUCAAGCCAAAUCUGAAAAACAGUGUAUUGGUUCCUGGCUGGGAUCAAAUCUGGAGUCAGUCCCGCUGCGAUCGAUUUGAGUAAAGCUACAGGUUUGACUAAAGUUAUAGUGGGAAAGUACACUGCCUUAAACCUUUGAAUGUUUGCCAUUUUAAUUUCAGCCCUCCAGCCUCUUUAAACCUGAAACAGAAACAUUUCAGCACUAAAGGAAGACAUUAGGUUUGGCUUUUUCAUUUGGGAGUGACGCAGAAUUUCAGUUUAGUUUGAAUCAUGUAGGUUUGUUUUUUGCGAGUAAACAGUGCAGUGGUGUGUGAAAAAAGCACUUGUACAUUUCUGAAUGAAAUAUUUUAUUUUAUGUCUAUGAAAUGGCUGAUCAGCUUAGGCUUUCUAAUUAUUUUAGGGAAAUAAACAUACACCUGGAUAACUUUGUCAUUAUUAUAAUUAUUUUUAGUCCCAUUUGCCCAAUUUUGUUAGCACUGCAUGUGCAAACACUACUUUGAUUAUCUU